CAGCAGCACAGCGCACAUUCACGCGCGGAUCGCAGCGAGCGUCGCGUCGCGUCGCGCCUCUCAUUCCCGCGGAUGUCUGAUAUAAACAUGUUCUUCUAGAUACUGACAGAAAGAAGGAAACGACAGAGGCGUCAUUCAGUAGAUUAUCUUCGCCUGAGCAGAGGACGCAGCCAUUCGCUGAGUUUGGCCCAGAUUUCUCAGUUCUCGGUUGUGUCAGACAAACACUACACCUCUGACUUCAACAUUACCCCAACACCCAGAACAGACCUUAAGAUUAAAGCUGCAUCAAGAAAAACGAAGAGCGACUCGGAGCGAGCGACGCUAACGUGGGUUCAGAGCUCUGGAGGGGCAGCAGAGGGCAAAGCAACAUGGAGGAGUUUAAAGUUCAGACCGCCAAACACCCCGUACCCAACAGUUCACCCAUGCGUCAGCACGGCGAACACCCAAAAGAUCACGCGGCCAAACGCCUGUCCUCCGCGUCCAACGGCACGAGCGACGGAGGAGCGGGAACCAAAACGCCUGUGGAGAUCACCGCGCUGGAGGAGUCCUUCCGCCGCUUUGCCAUCCACGGAGACACACGAGCCACCGGCAAAGAGAUGAACGGCAAGAACUGGUCCAAACUGUGUAAAGACUGCGGCGUCAUCGAUGGCAAGAGCAUCACGCUCACAGACGUGGACAUAGUCUUCUCCAAAGUCAAGAACAAAUCUGCCCGCACUAUUACAUACAGCCAGUUCAAAGAAGCGCUGGCAGAAAUCGCCAGGAAACGCUGCAAAGAUAAGAGUAGCGAGGACGCCGCGCAAGAGGUUUACAAAAUGAUAGAAGGGAAGUCGCCCAUUAUAUCUGGAGUUACGAGAGCCGUGGCUUCCCCGACCGUGUCCCGUUUGACUGACACCACCAAGUUCACGGGAUCGCACAAGGAGCGUUUCGACCAGACGGGCCGCGGGAAGGGCAAGGCAGGGCGGGUGGAAGUGGUGGACACGUCCGGAUACGUCUCCGGAUACAAGCACGCAGGGUCAUACGAGAAGAAAGUAUCAAAACCUCCACAAAAACCCAUGUGAGAUUCUCCAUCCAACAGUGAACAGAAGACAAACCCGACUCUAAAAAGCACAAACGGAUUUCCCAUUUUCCAUUGAGGGUACGUCUUUUUCUGUGAAUAACAUUGAGUUUAUGUUCCUCUUCCUGUAAGUGUUUUAUUUGUAUUAACUGGAACGCUGUUUACAUCUAAACGCCGACGUCACCAGCUGGUACGUUCCUAACAAACACGACGAUGCCAAGAGACCGACAAGUGACUACAGUAUUGCACGCUCUACUAGUGAAGGUUUUUGCUGAUAAUCUGUCGUGAAUAUUGACAUGAAAUGAAUAUUUGGCAUUUUGUGGCUUCUCUAAUGAUGCAGUAGAAUCAGGCCUGAAGUAUACUUUGCAAAUGCAGUGCAUGAUCCCACAAUUUGUGUUACAACAACACACAAAACUGAGAUUCCACGUUUGCCAUUUAUAUUUGAAUGCAUUUGGCAAAUGCUUUUAUUCAAAGCAACAUGCAUUGCAUUUCAGGUCUAAAUUUGAUCAGCUCAUGCAUUGCCUGGGAAUCAAUCCCAAGACUUUGGCAUUCUACGGUCAUGCAUUUAGAGUAUGUUUCAGGCCCAAGAUGAAAUAUAUUUAAAUGCAUUUGUCUAAUUUACACAUAAUGUAAAGGAAUGAUUCAUCCAAAAAUAAAAACUUGCUGUAAAUGUGCUCACCCUCAGUUUGUUUCUUCAUCAGAUUUGGAGAAAUGUAGCAUUGCAUCACUUGCUCACAGUGAAUGGGUGCCGUCAGAAUGAGAGUCCAAACAGCUG